AAAGUGAAGACAGCUAUUUUGUGGGCCAAAGCCAUAGGACCUGAUUCCGGGUCACUUUUAAAGUGGUGACAAUUGCAGUCUCUUCCAGCAACUGGAAAUUUAUGUAUAUAUUUGCCUUAUCUCAGUGUCAGUCAUAUCUAUGCAACUGAUAGCCCCCACUAAUCGCUAUUAUCUGCAUUUGUACCAGACCUAUCCUUGACAUACCUUACCUACUUCUUGUGUUUCCUCUCUGGGAGAAGCCUGGAGAGAAGACACAGCUGGACAUUUUGAGGGGCGUGGCCAGGCUCUCAUGUAAUUAUGCCCUGCCCCCACCACUGCAGAAUGUCAUGAUUUGCAUGUCCGUAUGGAGGAGGUGGGGCUAAAAUGAUGCAAUUUGCAUAAUUUCUUCCCACCCCUCCACAUGGUGCAGCGAUUCCAGUGAUUAUCUCCCCAUCCUGCCUGCUAGAUUAGGAAGCGGGAGAGCCUCCUACUUUUCCAGGACUGCGGAGGAAUACUCAAAAAUUCAGGAGUCUCUUGCAACUUCCAGGAUAGUAGGCAAGUAUGAUCCUUGGUGCAGAGGAUCCGAUUGAAGUCAGAGAAAUAUCUGCAUACCCUGACCUUUGAAUAGCCUGCAAAUCUAUCUACAUGCCCACAACAUGCACAAGGUAUAAUUAUCCUACCCCGUUACCAGUGCCAGAUUAAGGUCCUCAUGGGCCUGGAGCUGAAAUUGAUGAAGGGCCUAUUGUGUGCCAACAGAGGGAGUGUGAGCAGUGCUGUGGCGGUGUAACUACUGAUUUUGUGAAAAGAACAGAAGGUGACAUUGUCCUAAAAUACAGAAGGAUGUUUCAGGAAAUUCCAGACAUGGAGCUUUUACAUAAAAAUGGCAAAAUAGCCGUAAUGAAUGGAAUUGGAGAUGAUGAAGUUACAGUGGAAGCCGGUAUACUGGCUGAAGAUGUAAAUGGACAACAGGAGGAAGUUCUUGUUGUCGAUGUUGAGCAGCAAGAGCCUGCAAGUCAAAUUCUGGAUAUGGAGCCAACCGAAAACAUGGCAGUUGUUCCCAAUGAUACACCUUCAAAAGAUAUUGCAAGGGAAGAUGGGCAGGUUGACACAACAGAAGCCACUGAUACAACGGUGAUUGAAGAAAAAGAGUCACCAGAGCAACCCAAUGAGAGUCAGUCCAAUGAAGUCGGGUUCAGGAAAGUGUUUUCAUUUGUCGGCUUCAAAUUCACUGUGAAAAAAGACAAGACUGAAAAAUCGGAACCCGUGCAACUCCUAACUGUGAAAAAAGAUGAAGUUGAAGUAAACGGCACAGACAAUCAUGAGGAGCCUAUUGAUGCUGCAGAUGUAGGAAAGACUGAAACACAGAAGGAGACCAAAGAUGUUGACCUUCAAGCUGAAAGCGGAGAUGGGUCAGCAGAAGCUGCUGAAAGUCCUGGUGAAACUCCUAAUGAGACACAAAAUAAAACAGAAGAAGCUGAAGUUGAAAAAGAUCAAAAGUCUCCAGAGUCUCCAACAAAUACAGUUGUCACUGAUACAUCCUCCCCAUUUAAGAGAUUUUUUACUCAAGGAUGGGCUGGGCUGAGAAAAAAGACCAGUUUUAAGAAAUCAAAGGAGGAAGAUCCUCAGGAAGUAGAGAAACACAUCAAAAGUGAAGAAGAGGAAAAGGCUGAAGUACCAGAAGCUCUGAAAGCGGAGGAAGCAACUGAAAAAGAAACAACUGAAAACGUGCCUGUACCAGAUGACUUAAGCAAAUCUGCAAGUGGGGAAUCAAAAGAGUAUUUUAAAGAAAAUAUUGAAAAUGUAGCUGCAGAAGAACCCAAACCAGAAGAAUCUUCAUCUAAUGAACCUGAAGAGACCAUAAAAUCAGAUGAGGGUAUUGUAACAGUAAACACAGAAAGGACAUCUGCCCCAGAGUCAAAUGUGUUGAGCGAGAUAAAAGCUGAUGCUGAUACUUUGGAAGCAAAAUAUGAAAACCAAAAAGCUGAGGAAAUCUCUGAUGCUAGCCCACCACCUAUUGAAGAAAUAAAUGAAUCACUGCCCAUCAAGGCAUCUGAAACUGAAGUUUUGGAGAGCCAGCAGCCCCAGUUGACAUCAAAUACUGAAUGUGCAGAACUGGAAAAAAGUCAAGAAGUCAUUACUACAGAAGCUGAUCUGUUGUCCUCACAAGAGAAGGCCAAAAUUCAAGGUAGCCCAUUAAAAAAACUGUUCAGUAGCUCUGGGUUGAGAAAACUCUCUGGAAAGAAAAGGAAAGGGAAAAAAGAGGAUGAUGCUAAGGAAGUUACGGCAGAACCCGCCCCAGUUUCACCAGAAUCAUCAGAUGCCGCAGAAGGAGAUGGUGGCGACAGUUCACCCUCAUCUCCUGAUGAGGCAGCAGAAACAUCUCCCACAGCAAAAGAAUUAGAAGAUGCUCCUCAGAAUGCAGAAACUGAAGAAGGAACAACAUCUGAUGGUGAACGAAAGAAAGAUGGCAUUACGCCAUGGGCAUCAUUCAAAAAACUUGUUACUCCAAAAAGACGUCCAAAGAGGCCAUCUGAAAGUGAUAAAGAAGAUGAGGUUGAAAAGGUAAAGACCUCAACUCUGUCUUCUACUGAAAGCGCUGUUGAAAAUUGUUCUGUUGAAAAUCAGGACGAAACCAAAGAAAAUGUUGAAGAGCAAAAACUAGAAAAAAGCACAGAAGAAAAUAAAAAAAAGGUUGACAGCUCAGUUUCGUGGGAAGCUUUAAUAUGUGUUGGCUCUUCUAAGAAAAGAGCAAGAAAGACUUCUGAUUCAGAUGAAGAAGAAAUACACAAAUCUCAGGAGGAAAACAAGAAAAUUGAAGAAGUAGUGCAAACUGUAGAGAUUGACUCUGAUAGCCCUAUUACAAAUUCACAAGAACAACAAAUUCAAGAAAGCUCAUCACCAGAUCAGGCAAACAGCCCUACUGACACAGAUGGAGUAUCUACUUGGCAGUCUUUUAAGAGAUUGGUAACCCCGAGACGUAAGUCAAGAACAAGAGCAGAAGACAAAACUGAAGAAACUGCUGUAGUAUCGAUUGCUGAACAGUCUACAUCAGAGGGUGAAGCUGGAAAAGAAGAAUCUUGGGUACCAUUCAGAAAAUUGAUUCCUGGGAGAAAGAAGAAAAAGUCUGAUGGCAAACAGGAACAUACUCUUAAUAAUGAAACUGGCCAAGCAGUAAAUGAAGCUGUUGAAGAUGAUUAUGAUGAACCUGCAGUAGUUCCUUUGUCAGAAUUUGAUGCUGCUGAGCAAGAAAAGCUUGAUGCCCAGAAUUCCUUGGAAGACUCUGUUCCAAAUGAUGUUUUUGGAGAACAACAAGGGUCAUUAGAGAAACCCAGUGAAGAACUUAUUCAUGCAGUUACCAUAUCUGUAAUAGAGGGAGAAAGAGCAGUUACCAGUCUUGAAGAAAGAUCUCCAUCUUGGAUUAGUGCAGAUGUGACAGAUACUUUUGAGCAUGCAAAGAAUACUGAAGAAACCGUGGACAGAAUCAAAACAGAAGUGACUGUUGAAGAAACAAUUGUGUUUAGCACAGUUUCACAGGUAAUGUCAGAAGCACAACAUACUUUAAUGAAUGAAAUGGAGUUAACAUCAGAAGCUUUAACUGCUCUUGAAGAAGCAAUUGAAAACUCAUGUGCUGAAGAGACAACUGAAAUGCUGUCUGCCGUUUCACAGCUAGGUGAAUCUAUUGUUUCUACUGAGGAGGCUACACCUGUACCGGAGGAAGAUGCUAGUAUGCAAAAUUUAGAAGAACAAAGGAAGCACACUGAUAACAUAUUACAUGCAGCUGCAGAAAUGGCAAAGCUCUCAGUUGAUGCUCUAAAUGCAGGCAACAGUAGCAUUUAUAUUAUUAAUGAUGUUCCACAAAAUUUGCAAUAUGAAGUCAAAGCGGAUAUUUUGGAAUUACAAGAGACUCCAUGUCUUCAAAAGAAAAUAGAAGUCACUUCAAAUGAAAAGGCUAUUGAAAAUGCUGCUAUUUCUCAAAUGGAGCAAACUGUUAAAACUGUUCACAGUGCUGCCAAUGAACAAUUUGUUGUCCAUACUUUUGCUGAUGAGCAAGACAAAGAAAGUAUCUCUAUUUCAACAGAUGAAAUUCUCUUGUUAACCAUUGAAAAAAAUGGUGGUAGUCUACUGAUUUCAGCUGAAGACCAGUUGGUAAAGGAAAAGCUGGAAAGUGAUGAUGUACAAGGAGACAAAUGGCUUCCAUCUUUAACAAGGGAGCAGCUUGAGAAAUCUUUGUCACCUAUUGAAGAACCAGCUACAAAGCAAAACACUGAUGAAAAUGUCACUGUCUCUACUGAUAUCCACCCGGAAGAAGUAGUUCCUCUUUUGAAAGAGAGGCAAGUUGAAGAAUAUACUGCUCUUGUUGCUGCUUCAACUAAUGAGGAUCCUAAAAUUGAUGCCCAAAUUUCAAAUGUGGAAGAGUCUACUGAACAGGUUCAUGAGUCAGAUGAGAAAAAACCUGAACAUGGUGUCUUUGGUAUAAUUAAGGAUCUGCCUAUGAAUGUCAUCCUUGCUUCAUCUGCAGAACAAGAUAAAGACUUUUUACCUGACAUACAAGUUCAAGAAAACAAUGAUACCACUUUAUUUGAGAUGAAAGAAACUGUUCCUGUUUUGCCUGAUGGGCAGGUCAAAGAAGAAGCUGUUCAUAUGUUGAAUGCAUUGCAGAAAGAAAAGUGCAUUCUCGUGUCAACAGAUGUGCAAUUUGAAGAAAGUGCCCCUGUGUCAGAAGAAUUGCAAGCCAAAGAAAGUGCCCCUGUGUCAGCUGAGGUGCAUGCUGAAGAAAGGACCCCUGUGUCAGCUGUGACUCAAGCUGAAGAAAGUUCUCCUGUGUCAGCUGAGUUGCAAGCUCAAGAAAGUGCCCCUGUGUCAGCUGAGGUGCAAGCAGAAGAAAGUACCCCUGUGCCAGCUGGUGUGCAAGCCGAAGAAAGUACACUUAUGUCAGCUGAGGUGCAAGCCGGAGUAAGUGCCCCAGCGUCAGCUGAGGGGCAAGUCGAAGAAAGUGCCCCUGUGUCAGCUAAGGUGCAUGCUGAAGAUAGUGCCCCUGUGUCAGCUAAGGUGCAUGCUGAAGAUAGUGCCCCUGUGUCAGCUAAGGUGCAUGCUGAAGAAAGUGCACCUGUGUCAGCUGAAGCGCAUGCUGAAGAAAGUGCAUCUGUGUCAGUUGAAGUGCAUACUAAAGAAAGUGCUCUGGUUCAAGCCAAAGAAAGUGCCCCUGUGUCAGCUGAAGUGCAAGCCGAAGAAAGUACCCCUGUGUCAGCUGAAGUGCAAGCCGAAGAAAGUGCCCCUGUGUCAGCUGAAGUGCAAGCCAAAGAAAGUGCCCCUGUAUCAGCUGAAGUGCAAGCCGAAGAAAGUGCCCCUGUAUCAGCUGAAGUGCAAGCCGAAGAAAUUGCCCCUGUGUCAGCUGAAGUACAUGCUGAAGAAAGUGCUCCGGUGCAAGCUGAAGAAAGUGCCCCUGAGUCAGCUGAAGUGCAUGCUGAAGAAAGUGCCCCUGUGAAAGAUGAGGUGCAAGCUGAGGAAAGUGCCUCUGUGUCAGAUGAGGUGCAAGCUGAGGAAAGUGCCCCCAUUUCAGAUGAAGUGCAUGCUGAAGAAAGUGCCCCUGUGUCAGCUGAAGUGCACGCUGAAGAAAGUGCCCCUGUGUCAGAUGAGGUGCAAGCUGAGGAAAGUGCCUCCGUUUCAGAUAAAGUGCAAGCCAAAGAAAGUGCAGCUGCCUCAGAUUAUGUGAAAGCUGUAGAAAGUGCCCAUGUGUCCGAUGAAGUGAAAGCUGAUGAAAGUGCCUCUGUGUCAGCUGAAGUGCAUGCUGAAGAAAGUGCCCCUGUGUCAGAUGAGGUGCAAGAUGAGGAAAGUGCCCCCGUUUCAGAUGAAGUGCAAGCUGAAGAAAGUGCAGCUGCAUCAGAUUUGAUGAAAGCUGUAGAAAGUGCCCAUGUGUCAGUUCAGGUGCAAGCUGAGGAAAGCUCCCCUGUAUCCGCUGAGUUCAAAGCGGAAGAAAUUGCCCCUCUGUCAGCUGAAGUGAAAUCUGAAGUGAGUUCCUCUGUGUCAUCUGAAGUGCAAGCAAAAGAAAGUGCCACUGUGUCAUCUGAGGUGCAAGCCAAAGAGAGUGCCCCUGUGGCAGGUGCAAUGAAGGCAGAAGAGAGUGCCCCAGUGUUAGCAGAUGUGAAAACUGAAGAAAGUGCCCCUGUGCCAGCUGAGGUACAAGCUCAAGAAACUGCCCCUGUGAUAGAUGAGUUGCAAACUGAAGGAAAUACCCCAGCUGAGGUGCCAGCUGAGCAAAAUGUUCCCACUGAGAUUAAAUCAGAAGUGUCUGUCCCUAAAGUGAAGCUUGAGGAAGUUCUGGUAGCAGCUAAGAUACAGAGUGGUGAAGAUGCUAGUGCUGAGUUGCCAGCUGUGCAUUCUGUGUGCGAAAUAAAGAUUACAGAUGUUCCUUCUGUAAAUGAGGUACAGGAUACUGAAAGUGUCCCUUUUGUGCCUGUGGCGCAGACUGAACAAAGUGUCCCUUGUGGGACUGAAGAAGUAUAUAGAAUUAAGGCGGAAGUUGGGGACUUACAAAGUGUGACAAUUGUAGACCAAUUAACCUUAGGUCAUGAAAACAUUAUAGGAGUAAAGGAGGAACUUAUCACCACCACUAUUCCAGAGUUUGAAAGCUUGGAGGCCAGAAGCUCCUCUGAGCCAGUGACUGCAGCUGCAGUGGAAGAACAGAUCUUAGCAGAGACUGUAAAACCUAUUGCGACAACAGGAGACAUCAUAGAGCUUGUUCAAUUUGCUGAUAACACAAGAGUUGAAUGCACUCAAGAAAAUUCCAUGGGGCUGCAGACCGUUGUUGAGUCUGUCUCUCAGAAAGCUGCAGCUAUUGUGGAUGCCGCUAUAGAAGCAGCUACAAACUGUUUCGUUGUGGAUGCUAAAAGUAAUGGUGACACACUUGAGGAUGCUACGGUAACAGAAAAUGGAGACAUAACAGAAGAAACUGCUGGCCAAUCUAUCUACAUUGAAUCACACAGUAUACAAAAUGUAAUUGAAGUAGCCAUAGAAAAAGCAGUAGAUAUUCAUCAUGACAAUGAAGUUGUCAGUGUAACGCAAAGACAAAGUCAGGAAAAUGAGCCUGAUCCUGAAGUUCAAGAAAAUGUACCUGUGUAUGACCCUAUCAAAGUUGUGAAAACUGUAGCUUAUCGAGAACAACAGAAUGCAGAAGGUGUUGAUGAGUCUCAAAAAGAAGUAUUUGUUAUUAGAGUAGAGCUACAAACUAAAGGAAAUUCAAAGAAAGACAUCACAUGUCCGAAUCAGAAAAACCAAGCAGACUGUGUACUAAAAAACGAUGACCACAAACCAUCCGCAGUAGAAUGUGACUUACCACAGGGGAGCGAUUUGGUGGAACCAGACUCAGCACAGUUAGUACAGAACACAAAGGAAGAAAGCAAGCCAUGUGUCCCCAGUUACAUCCAGGAAGAGAAUAUACAAGAAAUAUCCACUCAUACUUCCUUUUCAGAAGUGCAUACUCAGGAAAAGUCACAAACUGUGGAAUCCUGAGACCUAGUUUUAAUGCAGAAUUGAAGAGAUAUGAAUGUGAAAGCUGCUUGAAGCUGCCAAAUGGGUGAAAACUAUCACAUGAAAAGAGCUGACAACUCUUGAUUGGAAGAAUGGAGCAACUCUGGUUUCAUUUAUAGGAAUAAACUGUACGACAAUCCUGAGAUCUUAUCAGGAGCUUUAACCAGAAUUGUCCCUCAUUCCUAAAUAUUUAAUGUCCUUCUCAAGGCUUUUCUAUGUUCUUGUUUGCGAGGCUAAAUCAUAAGAGGCGGAAACUAGGUAACUGUUUUUCCAUUUGCCUUUUAAAGGUACAGGGCACCAAAGGCUUAAGUCUGGCUUAAGGCUGUAUGUUUAAGCUACAAUACAAAUAGCUAAGAGGAUACUGCUAGUGUUAUAUGUUCACGUAGACAUGUAUAGAAGUGGAGGGGGACAUCUUUGUGUAUUUAUGUGUAUAUCUUCAAACUGUUUCUCAUUUUAUUGUAUAUUUCCUUUUUUUCAAGAAUAUAUGUAUUAAAGAAGAAGAAAACAGCAAACUAUUUAAACACACAAUGUCUGAAAUGUAACGCUACCUGCAUGUUAUAACAAAAGUAUAUUUCAGCAGCUUUCCUUUUUAAUAAAAAACAACUAAAAAGGACAACUUGUCUAACCAAAGGCUGAAAGUAGUAUCUCAGUAUAGCUUUAAGAAAAGCAAAAAUGUGUUUGCUGUUUUAUUGUCUUCUAAAGAAAGUUUCUGGUUUGAGGAAAGAAACUGUAGAAGUUAUUGUUUAUGGUAACAUUUAAAUUAUUACCCAAAGUUAUUAUAAAUAAUACAUACCUAUAUUACCUGCACUAUGAAUUUUAUAAAGACACAUGUUCAAAUGUUUCCUUUUUUUUAUUUUUUUUAUUUACUUUAGCCUUUAUUAUGUCACAUAAAUGAUCUAGGUAAGUGCAGCUCUGCACCUGAAUUAUCUACCUGUGAAACAAGUGACUCAGUUUAACCAGUUGCCUUAGGCCUUUCUUUGUCCGUUUGUAUUUUAGGUGCAUUAAUGCUGGUUCUCACUACUCGUAUGGAGAGUGCUCAUUGAUCUAUGUUCCAGAAUAGAUGGCCUAUUUGCACCAAUUAUUUUUUUUAAAAUGAGUUUUCAUUAUACUUCUGUACAUUUUGCUAAACUGUGAUUUCUAGACAAUAUCAGCUCAAAUAAAACUCCUUGCUUUUA